CAACUUUGAAACUCACAAGACCUUUUUAAUUCUAUUUCUCGCAAAAUGGUGGAUCAUCAUGGUGGGUACAACCGCGAUGAGAAGAGCCAAUAUGGUUUUCCUCAUCAGAAUCUUAGAGCUGACCGCGUAGUUGCUCGGGUAGAGAAGUCGGUCAAUUUGGUUAUCGGUCAUAGACAAACGCAAAGGCAGGCCAGUUCAAUGGAGCAUGAACGUAAUCAAAUGGAUUAUAAAGGCACCUCAAGCAAUGAAGGUAAAACGAAGGGGAAGUACAUGACUAAGAAGAUCCCAAAAUGGAAGCAUAAUGAUUCAGAGAACAAGAUAGGUCAAAAGGAGAACAAUGAACCACCAACUAUGAUCGUCGCUGGUGGAUGGGUCUACUUCUGCUUAAUCGAACCUUCUUCGAGUGAAUCUCGACUUUACCGGUGUCAGCAUGUUUUCGAUGGUUCCAAAGCUUCAUCAACGAAGCCCCAUCAAGCUGGAGUUUCUCUUCGUCUUCUCCGCCUCACUCCGAUCUCUCGAUUCAUUCAUUCAAUGGCUUCCAUUGCUGCUUCUUCUUCUACUUCUCUGCUAGCUCGUCCUCGCCAACUGGUGAUUGCGGCUAAUCAAGUUAAAUGCUUUACCUAUGGAAGAAGAACCAAUCUUUCUUUUAAUCUUCGCCAGCUCCCUACCCGCUUGAGUGUUUCCUGCGCUGCAAAACCUGAGACAGUGGACAAGGUGUGUGCAGUUGUCAGAAAGCAACUCUCACUUAAAGAGGCUGACGAAAUUUCCGCUGCCACCAAAUUUGCUGCACUUGGUGCUGAUUCUCUUGAUACGGUGGAGAUUGUUAUGGGACUAGAGGAAGAGUUUGGGAUUGAAAUGGCGGAGGAGAAAGCACAGUCAAUCGCUACAGUUGAGCAAGCAGCUGAGCUCAUUGAGGAGCUCUUGUUGGAAAAGGCCAAGUAGAAUAUCAUCGUUUAAUUACAUUAGCAAAAACCCAAACCAGUAUCUGCUUAUUGUUUGGUUAGCUAGAGAGCAAUUGUGUCUGUUGAGAUUUAUGCUAUAUUUUGGGAAAAUUAUUACAAGGCUUGUAUUUGACUUAUCUUUCUUCUAAAACAUUUGUACUUCCACCUUCAAAAAACUUUUACUUUCUAA